AAACGCGCAAAGAUGGCGGUAAAAGGUGGAAAGAAGCGUGCCACAAAAUCUCUGCAGCCAAUCUGCAGGGAUUACACCAUUCACCUUCACAAGGUUGUGCACGGCAUUCAGUUCAAGAAAAGGGCACCCCGAGCAAUCCGUGAAAUUAAGAAGUUUGCAGAGAAGGUUAUGCAUACCAAGGAUGUUCGCAUCGACACAAAGUUGAACAAGCAUAUCUGGAGCAACGGUAUCCGGAAUCUUCCCCGCCGCGUACGUGUACGCAUGGCGCGUCGCCUGAACGACGAUGAAGAUGCCGCUGAGAAGUUCUACACCCUUGUGCAGCAUGUUCCAGUCGCGUCUUUUGCCUGCUUGAACACAGAAAAAGUCAACGAGGACUAG